CGGAUCACUGGGUAUAUCACUCCCGCAGCAGUUAGAACACAUUGCACGUUGCUAGUUAGUUGCUAUGUUGUAGCUAUUAGCACGGUAGCCAUUCCUUUGCUGGGGAGGGAGACCCACCGUUUUUUCAACAAUUCUCAACUGAUUAUACACCAAAGCAGCAGAUCGACUGCGAAAUAACGGAUACCGCCGAGCAAACUUCGAGUGUGCUUUCCAUUCGUCGUUAGCUUAGCCAGCCAGCCAGCCAGCUAGCUAGCUAGCAGCUCCAGUGCUAACCGGCUCUUCGUCCUCGAAGCGAACCGUCACCCGGCCGGCUGGAGCACCAUGGCAAUGAGACAGACUCCACUCACCUGCUCUGGUCACACCCGGCCUGUGGUGGACUUGGCGUUUAGUGGAAUAACUCCCUACGGCUACUUCCUCAUCAGCGCCUGCAAGGAUGGCAAGCCCAUGUUGCGCCAGGGAGACACAGGGGACUGGAUUGGAACGUUUCUGGGUCACAAAGGCGCAGUCUGGGGAGCCACUCUGAACACAGACGCCACCAAGGCAGCCACCGCCGCAGCCGACUUCUCAGCGAAAGUGUGGGAUGCAGUGAGUGGCGAUGAAGUUCUCACCCUGGCACAUAAACACAUUGUCAAGACUGUCACCUUUACUCAGGACAGCAACUGCCUGUUGACAGGAGGCAACGACAAGCUCCUGCGCAUCUAUGAUCUCAGCAGCCCUGACUCAGCGCCACAGGAGAUUGCCGGUCAUACCUCAGCCAUCAAGAAGGCCCUGUGGUGUAACGACGACAAACAGAUCCUCUCGGCCGCAGAGGAUAAAACUAUAAGACUCUGGGACAGAAGCUCCAUGGAGGUGGUGAAGACGCUGGCCUUUGAUGCGUCCGUGAGCAGCAUGGAGUACGUGGCUGACGGCGAGAUCCUUGUAAUCACGUACGGCAAGACGAUCGCGUUCUACAACGCUCUCAGCCUGGACUUGAUCAAGGCUGUGGAGGCGCCAGCUCCCAUCAACUCGGCUUCCCUCCACCCAGAAAAGGACUUUUUUGUUGCUGGUGGCGAGGACUUCAAGCUCUAUAAGUUUGACUACAGCACCAAGGAAGAGCUGGAAUCCUACAAAGGUCACUUUGGUCCUGUGCACUGUGUCCGCUUCAGCCCGGACGGCGAGCUGUACGCCAGCGGCUCCGAGGACGGCACUCUUCGUCUGUGGCAGACGGCAGUGGGGAAAACCUAUGGCCUUUGGAAAUGUGUUCUUCCUGAGGACCUCGGAGCAGAGAACACAGAGCCGCUCUAUACUACGCCCCCUGAGAUAAAAGUCUAAAUAAAAAAAAAAAAUGAUUUGGAAAAUGCACACAAAAAGGUUGCAAAAAAAACAACAAGGAACGGUGGUCCAGGUUGUAUCAGGCCCCAGCAAGGAGCAGAGUCGGGAGCAUCUCCAUCUGCCAGGAACUGAUGUGGAUAUUAUGGGUGACUUGUCUGUCAUAGACAACGCCCACCCACCCACACACUCACACACACACACACACACACACGGUUUAUGCAGGCAUGUGGCCAGUGAGGGCUACAGGGUAAAGCAGCAGAGCUUAUUGGGUGUGUUUUGUUCAUGGCUGCCUGCUUUCUCUCUGAUCAGCUGCGUUGUUUAUGUCUGCGUAAACAUUUGUACGCUCAGUUUUGGUUUCAUCGUAUUUCAUAACGAGCAUAAUGGACAUUUUUCUUUUCAGUUCAUGGUCACAGCAUCGGAGCUACUUCUACAUGCAAACUCUGUGAGGACCUUUUGGUUUAUUUGCUUUGAGGGUUUGCUGGAGCUGCACACCUUAUGGAAAAAAAGUUCAUUGUACAAGUAAAAGAAUGUUUUGUGACAAAGUGGAAAGGGAAAGAAAUAUGUCACCUUUUCCUUUUUGGUUUAAUUGUCAUCCAAUGGUUAAAUAAACAAAUGUGUUACUGUUUUAUUUCAAGGUAAUGCACAAAA